AUGAAGAUUCAAUUACUCUCGCCAAUUGUCCUCUUUCUCCUCCCCUCGGUAUCAACAGCUCUUGCAGAUCCUGAUGCGAAUAACAAUGCACGUUUAAACGAUCCAUAUGCAGGGAGAGGCGGUGCUCUGCAUAUUAAACCCGGCGCUCCCAAUGUCGAUGAGCUCGCGCCAGUUCAUUCUACCCCUAAGGUCGCUCCCAAAGGGACGCAGGACGCCCCGGUCGAUGGGAGAGAUGGCCGACCUCACGCUGGUCCGUGGGUGGAGACAAAUGCAGAACGCGAUCGCAAGAAAUCAGGGUCGGGAUUACCCUCAGAUAUACCUUCCAACCCAAAAUUAUCCGAACACUUGGGUCCGGAUGGGAAUCCGAUGCCAUAUUCGAACGAUGGGGUGAUGGAUGAUCCGCACAGAACGGGCCCAAAAGAGGGAACCCGAGGUACGGAAGGUGGAGUGUCGGAAAAACUGAAGGAUAAUACAAACUCUGGGGAGAAGGUACCGGAUGGCCCUAGAGAAGUCCCUCCUCUGCCACAUAGUGAGAAACAGAGACUCCAACCAUCGGAAGAUACGGACGAGUCAAAGGGCUCAGGAGGCUCUGGAGGUUCCAGCCUCGGAGUGCUCGAGAAACCUAUCGACCUACCCGAGAAGCCACACGACAUCCCCCAUCCUAAAUCCCCCGCUCCCGUAAGCGAAGAUCCGCUUGGUUUAGAGGCUCCUAGGAAAUCUACAGGCACAAGCUCCGGCACUGUCAAAGCUGGAGAGGAAAGCGAUCCACUACAUUCUCUUUUCUUUUCCUUUACCAUGAUCAUUGUCUCUGAGAUUGGCGACAAGACGUUCCUGGUUGCGGCACUUAUGGCUAUGCGGCAUCCGCGUUUGCUGGUUUUCUCGGCUGCAUUCUCUGCCUUGAUCGGCAUGACUGUACUUUCUGCUAUUCUUGGACAUGCAGUGCCGACUUUGAUUCCCAAAUCAUUCACCAAGUUAUUGGCAGCUGUGCUCUUUCUCGUAUUUGGUUUGAAGAUGCUGAAAGAAGGGCGCGAGAUGUCGCCAGACGAAGGUGUCGGUGAGGAAAUGAAGGAGGUUGAAAUGGAGCUGGAGGAAAAGGAGCACCAGCAGAUGCGCAGGAGUCGGCGUCGCUCUUCUGCCACACCCCAUUCCCUGGAAGCCGGUCGUGCUGGUGGGAGUCGCAAGUCUCGAUCAUCUGCCAACCGCCUCCCCUCUCCCCCCGAUAGUCUUUCCUCAUCAUCCUCGCGAGGGUCGUCGCCCGCUCCCGGUUACCGGUUCGGUGACAUCCUAGUCGGAAUGAACAAUCUUUUCUCUCUCCUUCUUAGCCCCGCCUGGGUUCAGACUUUCGUCAUGACUUUCCUUGGAGAAUGGGGUGACCGCAGUCAAAUCGCAACCAUUGCGAUGGCUGCCGGACAGGACUACUGGUGGGUUACCGUCGGUGCGAUCACCGGACAUGGUCUCUGCACGGCGGCAGCAGUCAUCGGCGGAAGUGCUAUUGCUGGCAGAGUUAGUAUGCGCGCUGUUACUCUGGGCGGUGCCGUUGCCUUCCUUAUUUUCGGUGCCGUUUAUAUGAUCGAGGCUCUAUAUUAUUGA